UCUCUCUCUCUCUCUCUCUCUCUCUCUCUCUCUCUCUCUCUCUCAGUGUGUGAGUGCAGGAAAAUGGCAGAAUCCAGUAUUUCAGUAGAUCAGAAUCAUUUCAGCUGUCCAGUGUGUCUGGAUCUCCUGAAGGAUCCAGUAGUUACUCCCUGUGGACACAGUUACUGUAAGGUGUGUAUUAAUGGCUGCUGGGAUCAGGAGGAUGUGAAGGGCGUCUACAGCUGUCCCCAGUGUAGAGAGACUUUCACUCCAAGGCCUGUUCUACGCAGGAACAACAUGCUGGCUGAAGUGGUGGAGAAACUGAAGAAGACUGAACUCCACGCUGCUUCUCCUGCUCACUGUUACGCUGGACCUGGAGAUGUGGCGUGUGAUUUCUGCACCGGGAGAAAACACAAAGCUGUCAAGUCCUGUCUGGUGUGUCUGGCCUCCUUUUGUGAAGAUCAUCUUAAACCUCACUUUCAGUCUCCUGCCUUUAAGAAGCACAACUUAGUUGAAGCCUGUGCAGAGCUCCAAGAGAAGAUCUGCUCUCAGCACGACAAACUGAUCGAGAUCUUCUGUCGCACUGACCAAAGCUUCAUCUGUUAUUUGUGUUCGAUGGAUGAACAUAAAGGUCAUGAUACGGUUGCAGCUAAAGCAGAAAGAAUGAAAAAACAGAAUGAGCUACAGGAGGAGCAGAUGAAAUCCCAGCAGAGGAUCCAGGAGAAGCAGGAGAAGGUGCAGGAGCUGAAACAGACUGUGGACACUAUUAAGAUGCGUUCACAGGCAGCAGUAGAUGAGAGUGAGAAGAUCUUUACUGAGAUGAUCAGCUCCAUGGAGAAAAAGCGCUCGGAGGUGAAGGAGCUGAUCAGAGCUCAGGAGAAAGCUGAACUGAGUCUAGCUGAACGACGCCUGAAGCAACUGGAGCAGGAGAUUGCUGAUCUUAAGAGGAGAGUCACUGAGCUGGAGCAGCUUUCACACACACACGAUCACAUCCACUUCCUCCAGAGUUUCCCGUCUCUCUGUGUUUCUCCUGGAUCUGAGGACUCACCCAGCUUCACUGUCCAUCAACAUCUCUCAUUUGAUGGAGUGACGAAAUCUCUCUCAGAUCUGAAAAAACGAGUGGAGGAAAUCUGUGAGGUGGAAUUCAACAAAAUCCGUCCACAAGCUGCAGCAGUUCAGAUAAUUUUACUCUCAGAACCAGAGAGCAGAGAAGAUUUUCUGCAGUAUUUCUGUUAUCUGACUCUGGAUCCCAACACAGUAAAUCAUGACCUCAUUCUGUCUGAGAAGAACAGAGCGGUGAAGCGCAAGGGGAGAAAUCAGCGAUACUCUGAUCAUCCAGAGAGAUUUGACUUCUGGCCUCAGGUGUUGUGUAAGGAGAGUGUGUGUGGACGCUGUUACUGGGAGGUGCAGUGGAACGGUGUUGGUGUGUUCAUAUCAGUCUCAUAUAAAGAGAUCAGCAGGGAAGGACGGGGUGAUGAGUGCAAGUUUGGACUCAACAGUCAGUCCUGGAGUCUGUGUUGUGCUUCUACUUCUUCUGUCUCUUUCCAGCACAAUGGGAUUAGGACUGCGCUCCGAGGUCCAGCGUCCUCCAGAAUAGGAGUGUAUGUGGAUCACAGUGCAGGAACUCUGUCCUUCUACAGCGUCUCUGACACGAUGAAGCUCCUCCACAGAGUCCACACCACAUUCACUCAGCCUCUAUACGCUGGGUUCUGGCUACCUUUUCAUAACUCAACUAUCAUGUUUUCUGAGGGUCCUUCUGCACAAACCAAGGGUUUUCACAUCCAUGCUAAAGGUCCAUCUUCCAAACUGUGGGACCUUCAGAUCAAACUGGGCGUUCUUCUGCCCAAAAUGAGGGUUCUUUCACCCAGUCUGAAGCCACACCCACUCUGUCUGUCUGCCCAUUCUCUCACGCCCACUCUGUCUGUCGCUCUAUACACACACAGAACCAGGAACUUCAUUUCAGAGAAAACGAAACUCAGAGUCUCUCUCUCUCUCUCUCUCUCUCUCUCUCUCUCUCUCUCAGUGUGUGAGUGCAGGAAAAUGGCAGAAUCCAGUAUUUCAGUAGCUCAGCUUUCAGUAGAUCAGUUCAGCUGUCCAGUGUGUCUGGAUCUGCUGAAGGAUCCAGUAGCUAUUCCCUGUGGACACAGUUUCUGUAAGGUGUGUAUUAAUGGCUGCUGGGAUCAGGAGGAUCUGAAGGGCGUCUACAGCUGUCCCCAGUGUAGAGAGACUUUCACUCCAAGGCCUGUUCUACGCAGGAACAACAUGCUGGCUGAAGUGGUGGAGAAACUGAAGAAGACUGAACUCCACGCUGCUUCUCCUGCUCACUGUUACGCUGGACCUGGAGAUGUGGAGUGUGAUUUCUGCACCGGGAGAAAACACAAAGCUGUCAAGUCCUGUCUGGUGUGUCUGGCCUCCUAUUGUGAAGAUCACCUUAAACCUCACUUUCAGUCUCCUGCCUUUAAGAAGCACAAGUUAGUGGAAGCCUGUGCAGAGCUCCAAGAGAAGAUCUGCUCUCAGCACGACAAACUGAUCGAGAUCUUCUGUCGUACUGACCAAAGCUUCAUCUGUUACUUGUGUUCGAUGGAUGAUCACAGAGGCCAUGAUACGGUUUCAACUAAAGCAGAAAGAAUGAAAAAACAGAAUGAGCUACAGGAGGAGCAGAUGAAAUCCCAGCAGAGGAUCCAGGAGAAGCAGGAGAAGGUGCAGGAGCUGAAACAGACUGUGGACACUAUUAAGAUGCGUUCACAGGCAGCAGUAGAUGAGAGUGAGAAGAUCUUUACUGAGAUGAUCAGCUCCAUGGAGAAAAAGCGCUCGGAGGUGAGGGAGCUGAUCAGAGCUCAGGAGAAAGCUGAUCUGAGUCGAGCUGAACGACUCCUGAAGCAACUGGAGCAGGAGAUUGCUGAUCUUAAGAGGAGAGUCACUGAGCUGGAGCAGCUUUCACACAUACACGAUCACAUCCACUUCCUCCAGAGUUUCCCGUCUCUCUGUGUUUCUCCUGGAUCUGAGGACUCACCCAGCUUCACUGUCCAUCAACAUCUCUCAUUUGAUGGAGUGACGAAAUCUCUCUCAGAUCUGAAAAAACGAAUCGAGGAAAUCUGUGAGGAGGAAUUCAACAAAAUCCAUCCACAAGCUGCAGCAGUUCACAUGAUUUUACUCUCAGAACCAGAAUACAGAGAAGAUUUUCUGCAGUAUUUCUGUUAUCUGACUCUGGAUCCCAACACAGUACAUCAUCACCUCAUUCUGUCUGAGAAGAACAGAGCGGUGAAGCGCAGUGAGAGAAAACAGCGAUACUCUGAUCAUCCAGAGAGAUUUAACUCCUUGUAUCAGGUGUUGUGUAAGGAGAGUGUGUGUGGACGCUGUUUCUGGGAGGUGGAGUGGAGCGGUGUUGUGUACAUAUCAGUCUCAUAUAAAGAGAUCAGCAGGAAAGGACGGGGUGAUGAGUGUGGGUUUGGACUCAACAGUCAGUCCUGGAGUCUGUGGUGUUCUUCUUCCUCUGUCUCUUUCUUCCACAACGACAUUGAGACUGAUCUCCGAGGUCCAGUGUCCUCCAGAAUAGGAGUGUAUGUGGACCACAGUGCAGGAACUCUGUCCUUCUACAGCGUCUCUGACACGAUGAAGCUCCUCCACAGAGUCCACACCACAUUCACUCAGCCUCUAUACGCUGGGUUUGGUAUGUGGAGUUCUGACUCGACUGUGAGGUUCUGUGAUCUGAAAUGAAAUGUUGGUAAAAGUUUUUAGUAAAAUUAAAGCUGAGGUGUUAGAUUUAUUUUCUCCCCGAGUUAGAAUGGCACUUUUGUGUGCAGAAACUGUAACAGUGCUACAUUAUUAUUAUUAUUAUUAUUAUUAUUAUUAUUAUUAUUACUAUUAUUAUUAUUAUUAAAAUGUUUUGGAUAAAUAAUUCAUACAUUAUGACGGCGGUAAAUCUAUCUAUCUGUAUAUCUAAAAGUAUUGGAAAACUCUAAAUCUCUAAAGCUAUAAAUUUAUGCUAGCAACAUGCAAAAUCAUGCUAGCAACAUGCUAUUUCAUGUGAGCAAUAUGCUAAUUCAUGCUAGCAACCUGCUAGCUACAUGCUAAAUCAUGCUAGCAACAUGCUAACUCAUGUUAGCAACAUGCUAAAUCAUGCUAGCAACAUGCUACUUCAUGGUAGCAACAUGCUAAAUCAGGCUAGCAACAUGCUAAAUCAUGUUAGCAAUACGCUAAUUCAUGCUAGCAAUAUGCUAAUUCAUGCUAGCAACGUGCUAGCUACAUGCUAAUUCAUGCUAGCAACGUGCUAGUAACAUGUUAUUUCAUGCUAGCAACAUGUUAAUUCAUGCUAGCAACGUGCUAGCACAUGCUAAAUCAUGCUAGCACGUGCUAAAUCAUGUUAGCAACAUGCUACUUCAUGGUAGCAACAUGCUAAAUCAUGUUAGCAACAUGCUAAUUCAUGCUAGCAAUGUGCUAAACCACCCAGAACACCCUAGCAACUGCUUAGCAACACCCUAGUAACCAGCCAAAACACCCUAGCAACCACCCAUAACACUCUAGCAACCACCAAUCUGUCUGUCUAUCUAUAUAAUUAACUCUAUAAUGAUGGUCACUCUGUCUAUAUUUCAGACUCUCUUUCUCAAGCCAACAUCAAAGUUUGUCGUGAUGAACUUUACCUAUAUAGUUUUAUUUUAUAUCUUUAACCAUUUUCUGGUCAGGAGUCAGGUAACACACAGUGCACUCUGAGAGCAUAAACAACAAUUUCAGAAGUUUUAAAAAUAUAUUAAAAAGUAACUACUAUAUCUCAUUGACACACAAGAAUUCAGAGCCUUUUCUGAGACACUUGAAACUGAGCUCAGGUGCAUCCUGUGAUCAUCUUAGAGAUGUUUCUACAACUUGAUUAAAGUUCUCCUGUGGUAAAUUCAGUUGACUGGUGUAGGGGAAAUGCGUCUGUUUAUACAGGAAGCACUAGAAAUGUGGGGUACAGUCAGGUCCGUAAAUAUUUGGACAUUGAUAAAGUUAUUGUUAAUUUUAGCUGUCUACUACAGUGUAUUGGAGAUGAAAUUAAAGAAUGAAUAUGAGCUCAAAGUGCAGACUUUCAUCUUUAAUUUGAGGAUAUUUACAUCCAAAUCAGGUGUAGGAAUUACAGCACUUUUUAUAAUUCCCUCAUUAUUCCCUCAUUCUUUCACUUACAAGUAAGCAGAUAAAAGUGUAGAGUUGAUUUCAGGUGUGGCGUUUGCAUUUGGAAUCUGUUCUUGUUAACUCUCAAUAUGAAGUCCAAAGAGCUGUCACUGCCAGUGAAGCGAGCCAUCAUUAGGCUGAAAAAUCUAAACAAACCCAAAAACAUUAGGUGUGGCCAAAUCAACUAUUCAGUACGUUCUUACAAAAAGAAAGAAUGUGUGUUGUGCAUGUACAGAGGUCACAUUUUCUCCAGGAAUCUGUUCAUCAGUGGCUCAAACCCCUCCUGCACUCUUAAAAAAAGUGCCACAAAGAACCAAACAGGGUGUUUCAUAGCGAGGCCUUAGAAGAACGUUUUCAGGUUCUACAAAGAACCCCGUUUCAAAGGUUCUUUAAAGAACCAGUCAAAAAAAAAAUGUUCUUUAUGGCACCAAUAGAUCCAAAACUGCUUAAAAUUAACUAGGAUUUUUUUCUGCAAUUAAACAAAUUUUCUCACAUACAUUGUUUAAAAAAAACUAGAGUAACAAGACUCAAAAAGAUGAUUAUUUAUUGAAUUACAAGUCGAUCUGUGUGUGUGUGUGUGUGUGUGUGAGAGAGAGAGAGAGAGUGAGAGAGAGAGAGUAUAUUAAUACAUAACAUUUAACUCAAUUGUGACAAUUUUAAGAACAAUUUUAAACAAUGCAGCAGAUCUUUUUCUUGGCAUCACAUACUUAUGUCAACCUUAAAAUGUACAGGGUUUGCUAGUAAGCAAGCUAACAUUCCCAAUUUGAUGAUUUUUUUGCAGUUCGUUUCCAAAUUCAGUUAUUUAUUCCCAAUAUUGUGUUCAUUCUCUGUACUCAGGACAAAUUUCAUUUGCAUGAUUUCACUGCUAGAGGGAACAAAAGAUGAAAUACGUAACAUAUUGAAUUAUCUUGUGAGCUUCAGCCAGAAAGCCCUUGUAGUUCAACGACCACCAGAUGGAACAGAAAUGAAUUAUUAAAACGAUAAAGAAGAGUCCCCUGAUUUGGAAUAGACAUUGUUGUUUAGAAAGACAGUUAGAUACCUUACUCAGUCAUAUUAGAUAGAAAGCUUGUUGAGAUCAGUUAUGAGCUCAAGUGAUAAAUAAUGCGUGAUUGCCCAAUGACUGAAUUUUAAAUUUCCCAACAUUAUGUAUUUACUCCUCUGGCUACAAAAUAUUUCUUACACACACACACACACACACACACACACACACACAACAGCAGUCGUGGCUUCAUGAGAAAGAACCUUAUCUUAACGUCUUCAUACUGGGACAAAAGGGUUCUGUGAUCCUUCCGUUGUUGCUCCCGCUCCUAGAAGACAACCAUGAGGAAGAAGAGGUUCAAACUUAAUGAGUGCUUAAUGUUCACAUCAGCAAUUGUUUUGAGUUUGCAGGUAUUUGUUUUACUUUUGGCCAUACGAUUGUAAAAAUCUCUUUUUAUUUGCACCUCUAAAUUGUUACUAAUUCUUUUCUCACUUAUGUUCAGAAUCUCUUCAUAAAUCCUUUGGGUCUCAUGGAGUUAUCCCUCAAACUUCUCCACUGACCCUUGCAAUGUUUGUACCUGGUCCUUCAGGAAGACGCUGUCGUUCUUCAGAGUACUCUGAGCACAUGAAAUUGAUAAGGUUUUCAGACAGUACAAAUUACCAACAUUAGUAUUUUGUUGUACUCUGUUGUACUCCAUACAUGUUUAUAUUAGAAGUACAAAUUAAUGCAAGGCUUAAAAUAACUUGACACCUUUCCUGUGAGUCUCACACAGCUGUUCCUUCAACUUCUCCAUUGAGUUGUGCAGUGUUUUCCCCUGCUCCAACAGAAUGGAGUUCUUGUACUCCAGCUGAACGUUGGACUCUAGAGUAAUCUUAUCUUUCGCCUCAGUUUCAGCCAGAGAGGACUGGACAUUCAACAAAAAAUGUUAUCAGCUUUAUUUACUUAAAAUAAAUAAGUUUCUCAAAUUAUCAUCCCAAGACCAUUACUUUUCAUUUUUGUUACCUUUUAAUGCAAAUACUUAAUAUCUUUAU